UCGAUACAAUACGCCAAAUAAUCGAUUACUAAAUAUUGUUUCUUUCCUUUUCUUGAGUAAAUAAUAUAACAUGUCGGCGAAAAGUUCAGUCAGCGAUAUUCUGAGAUCUGAAUUUUCUCAAAUUGACGAUAGCAUCUAUGAAUACAUCGAAGGCGUACUUGAUGUCGGCGAUGAUUUCCAGAACUCAAAUGAAGUUUAUGAAGCAAUAGGCGAAGUCCUUCAUGAGGUUGCUGCCCACAAAGGGGAGGAUGAGAUCAGAAAACUAUGCCAACGGCUCCUGACGGUUUUGAAACCUGGCUUGAUCGAUGGCCAACAGAAUGGCAUACAUUCUAGUAACAAUGGAGGUGAAAGAAAACUUCUUAACAACCCUGUCAUGUUGAGUGAUGCGGCCUCAUUCAUGAGGGAUAAUGACGUAGAGGCUCCAGCUGCAAGUAUAUGGAACAAACCCAAGGGAGAAGAAAUGAAAGUGGACACUAAGAAGCUGGAAAAAGCUGAAGCCAAGCUACAACAAAAGCAGCAGAUAAAAAAAGAGAAGAAUUCUAAUGCAGCUUCAAAUGCCACAGCAUCACAAGUUUUGACGAAAAAGGAAACCAGAAUGGAAGCCAAAGGCACUAACAACUGUAAAGAUAUUCGUAUUGAAAAUUUUGAUAUUGCCUAUGGAGACAAAUUGCUUUUGCAAGGCAGUGAUCUUUCCCUGGCCCAUGGCCGGCGUUACGGUUUUGUUGGGCGAAAUGGACUUGGGAAAACUACGUUACUUCGAAUGAUUUCAUCAGGGCAACUACGGAUCCCAUCACAUAUUAGCAUAUUGCACGUUGAGCAGGAAGUCGUCGGCGAUGACACGCCAGCCAUCCAGAGUGUGUUGGAAUGCGACUUUAAAAGAGAAGCUUUAUUGAAGGAGGAAAAAGAGCUAGGUGAAAAAAUGAACGGUCCGAGUGCGGAACCUGAAAUGAGCGCAAGACUGUCUCAAAUCUACGCCGAACUACAAGCUAUCGAUGCGGACAAGGCACCAGCUCGAGCCGGUCAAAUUUUGGCCGGUUUAGGUUUCUCUCCUGAGGGUCAGUUACGGCCGACUAGACAGUUUUCUGGUGGUUGGAGAAUGCGAUUGGCUUUGGCGAGAGCCCUUUUCUCAAAACCCGAUUUGCUACUUCUCGAUGAACCUACAAACAUGUUGGAUAUGAAAGCCAUCAUUUGGUUGGAAGAUUAUCUACAAACGUGGCCUUCUACUCUGCUUGUGGUAUCUCACGACCGAAAUUUCUUGGAUUCCGUUCCUACUGACAUAAUUUAUCUACAUUCACAAUGCUUAGAAACCUACAGAGGUAACUACGAAAACUUUGUUCGGUCGAGAACCGAGAAAUUCAAAAAUCAACAGAGAGAAUACGAAGCCCAGCAACAAUUGAGGGAGCAUGUCCAAGAGUUUAUCGAUAAAUUCCGUUAUAACGCCAAAAGAGCUUCGUUAGUUCAGAGUAAAAUCAAAAUGUUGGAGAAAUUGCCUGAAUUAAAACCCGUCGAAAAAGAGGUUGAAGUAAUUCUCAGGUUCCCUGAAGUCGAACCUAUCGCCCCCCCCGCCAUUCAGUUGGACGAAAUGUCUUUCUGGUAUACUCCCGGGAAGACUAUUCUAAACCGCGUCAAUCUGUCUGCUGGUUCCGAUUCUAGGAUUUGCAUUGUUGGUGAAAAUGGUGCUGGCAAAACUACUCUCUUGAAGAUUCUUACCGGAGAAUUGAAUCCUUCAUCCGGAUUGCGACAUAAUAGCAGACACUUACGCAUAGGUUAUUUUAGCCAGCAUCACGUUGAUCAACUUGAUUUGUCAUUAUGUCCUGUCGAGCUGCUUCAAACCAAAUUUCCUGGCAAACCCAUCGAAGAAUAUCGACGUCUUCUUGGUAGCUUUGGUGUCUCCGGUGAUCUGGCGCUUCAGAACAUUGCUAGCUUAUCUGGAGGUCAGAAAUCUCGCGUGGCCUUUGCAGUGUUGGGAACUGCACGACCCAACUUCCUCAUUCUCGACGAACCGACCAAUCACUUGGAUAUUGAAACGAUCGAAGCCCUUGGAAAGGCAUUGGGGAAAUAUCAGGGUGGCGUCGUUCUAGUUUCUCACGACGAACGACUGAUUCGAAUGGUCUGCAAAGAAUUGUGGGUAUGCGCAAAUGGAUCAGUACGAUCUAUCGAGGGCGGCUUCGACGAGUACCGCAAAAUGGUACAGCGGGAACUUCAAGAGGUCAACAAAUAGCUUAAUUAUCUGUAAAUA